UCGCAUCACACAGUCGUGCGAGAACGCCUAUCACGACGGGAGUAGGCUACAUCUCUUGGAAAGUAUGAUAUGCGGAAUAAAGGAGGAGUUUGACAAAUUCAAGUGAUAUCACAAGCAACCUACUUUUAAGGGAGAAGGAAAAGAGGCGUUUUACAUCCUCUAGGCGCGGAGCAUGGGAACUGCCGUGUCCAAGAGGAAGAAUUUAAGGAACGAUGCGAUUUCUUCUGUUGCCGCAAAAGUUAGAGCAGCCCGAGCAUUUGGAGAGUACCUGUCUCAGAACCACCCAGAGAGCCGCAACGGAUCAGCGCACCUGCUGUCUGACACAUUCAUUGGCCAAGAUACGGACUCACCAGACUUAAGCAGGCUGCACAAUAAUAACCUUCACCCUUACGCGUGUGCUACAACUCCACCUGCCAAGCCCAGCCAAGCUCAGCCCAACCACCUGGCUCUACCUAACACCACCACCUCCACCACCACCACCACGGCAGGCGGCAACACCACCAGUGGCGGCACCGGGACCGGUAAUACCUGCUCGUUGUCCACCAAGCGCCACCUGUCGGUGGAGCGCAGCUUCUCCUCCGAGAGUGACUCCCAGCCACCGCCUCCACAGGCACUGGCCAGCGGCGGGGGCAGGGGCAGCGCAGCAGCGGAGGGACCGCACAAGCCGGCGCGCGUCUACACCAUCACCCGCGAGGGAGGCAUGCUGGGGGGCCGCGGGAGCGAGGAGAGCCUGGAGCUGGACGUGCUGAAGCCCGCGCAGGGCCACGCCGUGACCACAACGACCUCGUGCCACCAGCCGCAGCCGGGGAUUGGUCAGCCUGCGGCGCUGCGCGGUCAUCACCGUGGCGGCGGCAGCAGCAGCAGUGGGCACCACCGCGGAGGCAAUGGCCACGGGCAGCAGCAGCAGCAGCAGCAGCAGCAUGCCAACCCGGGCCAGCCCCUGCAGAGCUCAAGGAGUGCCCACAACAUCCGCGAGUGGAGCGGCCGGCGGGGAGGCUCGCGCGAGGACUGCAGCCCCGACUGCGUGACGGCGUGCAUCCGGCCGCCCUGCCGCAGCCAGCGCUCGCUGGACCUAGACACCUCGCCGCGGGGGGACACCGGACGCCACCGCAAGAAGCUGGAGAGGGGCUACAGCGAGGACCGCACCUGCAUGGACGACAGAGAGGACAAUGCCAACAACUGGUUCCCCAAGGAGAACAUGUUCAGCUUCCAAACGGCCACCACUACCAUGCAGGCUAUAUCGGCUUUCCGGGGCAUUGCCGAGAGAAAGCGGAGAAAAAGAGAGCAGGAAGCUACUACGCUGAUGGAGAGAAACUUCCGGAAACACCUGCGCAUGGUGGGAAGCCGUAGGAUGAAAGUUCAGACAUUCGCCGACCGCAAAGCCAAGAGUUUCAGCCGCUCCUGGAGUGACCCCACCCCCAUCAAGCCUGACUCGCUGCACGACUCCAGAGACAGUGCGGACCUGCAGACGUCCUCGGGGACGCUGGACGAGGUUGUGUGUGAUGACGUGGACUGGGAGGAGGAGAAGGAGAUGGAGAGGCUGGCCUGCGAGGGCGACUUCAUCCCACCCAAAAUUAUGUUGAUUUCAUCUAAGGUGCCAAAGGCUGAGUACGUACCCAACAUCAUCCGCAGAGAUGAUCCGUCUAUCAUCCCCAUCCUCUACGAUCAUGAGCACGCUACGUUUGAGGACAUUCUGGAGGAGAUCGACAAGAAGCUUUCCGCCUACAGGAAAGGCUGUAAGAUCUGGAACAUGCUCAUUUUCUGUCAGGGAGGCCCGGGGCACUUGUACCUUUUGAAGAACAAAGUGGCCACAUUUGCAAAGGUGGAGAAAGAAGAGGAUAUGAACAAUUUCUGGAGGAGGCUGAGUCGGAUGAUGAGCUUACUGAACCCGGAGCCUAACCUCAUCCACAUCAUGGGUUGCUACGUGCUGGGCAACACCAAUGGAGAGAAGCUUUUCCAUAACCUGAAGAAACUGAUGAGGCCAUAUGCCAUUGAGUUUAAGUCACCACUGGAGCUGUCGGCACAGGGUAAGGAGAUGAUCGAGACGUACUUUGACUUCCGCCUCUUCCGUCUGUGGAAGUCCCGUCAGCAUUCCAAGCUCCUCGACUACGAUGACCUUUUGUGAUGCGCCUGGCUUUGAGGCGGAGAGAGCUUUCAUUGACGAGGCAGCUCGUCGUGUCAUUUUUUUGAAGAGCCCUUUUGGUGGUGGUGAUGACAUUUCCUACCAUGGCCAGGGCCGGCCAGAAGUCUUGAUGGUGACCGGGACAGCCAGCUGGACGAGCGCUCUGCAGUUAGCCUGUUGACCUCUGACCUCUUAAGAUGGGACAGAGGACAAGACAGGGGCAGAGACAGCCAGACGGAGAAAUGGAUGGGUAUUAGAAAAGAGGGAUUCUUAAAAGGUGCUGUUUCCUCCCCCCUUUUAAUUCCAUUUUUACUCUCAACUACAAGCCUAUGAAGUAGCUGAUGUGAGGAGGGAGGAUACGAGAGGAGACUACAAAGGGAGAAAGAUAAGCCUCAGCAUCUAUCACCUGUCAGAGCUGUGUGGGGCUGUAGACACGAUGGAGAAAGAUUAUGAAGAAAAGUCGAGGAAAGGCACCAUACUUGGCAGCAUACUGCUAGAAGGAAAGAAAUGUAGGAACUAAAAGGGGGUGCUUGACCUCUUCUCGUAUUGACUUAGAGGGAGAAAGGACACAGUAACGUCUGUACUGAAAGUCUGUGUACCAUUUAGGUGAGGACUUGCAGUGGCCGAGAAGGCAUCUGUUCUCAGAGUCUCUUCCAUAAGAUUAAGAUAUAUUUAUCUACAUGCUUUUCACCAGGAAGAAAAGCCAAAGCCAAUAUUUCAUGUUUCUACACAUAUAUAUCCCAUAGAGACA